GAGGGAGGGAGGGGGAGAGAGAGCAAAAGGGAAAGUUCUUAGGGUUUGGUGAGGAGGGAGACGGAGGGUUUUAGGGUUUGGAGAGAGAGGGAGAGAGGGAACGACGAACUAGGGUUUCGGGAGCGCUGGAUGAUUAGAGCUGGAGAUGUUCCUGGGUUCCAUGCGGAAAUCGUUCAAGGAUUCGCUCAAAGUUUUGGAAGCUGACAUCCAGCAUGCUAACACGCUGUGUUGGUAGAUAGGAGAACUUUCUCCAUCGCUUAGGUACUUAAACGGAGGGCGAUUAUGGGCUUCUGAUUUUCCCGGAGAAUAUGAUGGUGCAUGUCUUCAGAUGCGAUUGUCAUAUAGUCCAGCUGCACACUUGUUUCUUUUUCUGGUGCAAUGGACUGACUGUAGCCUUGCUGGGGCUCUUGGACUGCUGAGAAUUCUGAUAUAUAAGGUUUACGUUGAUGGAACGACAACCAUGUCAACCCAUGAAAGGAAAGCAAGUAUUAAAGAAUUUUAUGCUGUAAUUUUUCCCUCUUUGCUACAACUACAAAGAGGGAUCACUGAUAUGGAAGAUAAAAAGCAAAAGGCAAUAUGCAUGGAAAGGUAUAGGAGAAGAGAUGAUGAUGAGAGGAAGCAGUUAUCGGAUAUAGAUGCUGAAAGAGAAGAAGAAUGUGGGAUUUGCAUGGAGAUGAACAGCAAGAUUGUGUUACCCAACUGCAGCCAUGCUAUGUGCAUGAACUGCUACCGUGAAUGGAACUCAAGAUCUCGAUCAUGCCCCUUUUGCCGUGAUAGCCUCAAGAGGGUAAACUCGGGCGAUUUGUGGGUAUAUACUGAUAGCAGAGAUGUCGUUGACAUGGUAACGGUGUCGAGAGAGAAUCUCAUACGCCUAUUCAUGUACAUAGAUAAGUUGCCUUUAGUCGUCCCAGAUGCUGUUUUCGAUGCGUACGAUUCUCAUGUGAAGUAAGCUAUGUGCCGAUCUCGUUGCUGCUAAAUUUAACAAUGCCAAUUCCUUCAUCUAGUGCCAGUCAGCUCAAUCAGCUUGAUUAUUUAUGCUUGGAGGUGAUUCCAAUUCCCAUGUCCAAAGGCUGCUAUUGCAUUUCUAAGCAGCUUAUGAACUGGAGCAAACCAUGCUGUAGGUAUCUGUAAAUUGUGUGCAGAACUUUGUAAAUGUCUGUAUAGUUGUCAGGUCUGUAAUUUAGCAGCCAUGUCUCUAUUUAGCACGGUAAAUGCAUGGAAACUAAUUUGGUGCCAGUGCUUGUGCGUAAGCAGUAUAAAGCCAUUGUGUUAUAUACUUUUGCAUCUGGUAAUUCAAUAACUCUCUGCCUUUUGUGAA